UCCUCCUCCAAUCCUGGCUUUUUUCCUUCGUGGGGCUAGUUGUGAAGCUCAGGCAGUGCAAAUGUGUGAGGAGGGACACAGCGUAACAAAAUGAUUUUUGAUUUUUUAUCUCUCUUGAACGUCGAGUGAAUUUGUCACUUUCUUUUUGCGAACGACAAGCGAUAAUGUUGGCGUCAUGAAGACUCUGCUUUUCAGACUUUGGAAAACAAAUCCGGUAUUGUCGGUGAAUUCUCGGGAGAUGGCAGAAUAGUUCGACCUGCGCCAAAACACCGAGCCAUCAUAAAGCACUUUGAAAAAAAACCACCCGCAAGGUCUACCAUGACGGUCAGGGGUUUGUCUCUUUUGGUUCUGAUCGCCCUGGUCGUUUCCUGCUCGAGCUUGGACGGGGAUGUUGGUGCGAUAAAUGUUGAAUGUUUGUGUGACGGAGAGUCCUGCAGCAGUGGGGGCCGAUGUGUCGGCCGGCAGUGCUUCGCCUCCCUAUCCAUACAGAACGGGACGACUGUUCUCCAAAAGGGCUGUGUUCUGGCUGGUGAGGAAGGGUCCCUACACUGCAGAAGCCUGUCAACGCCUGAGCUGGUGGUGGAGUGCUGCUCUGGGGAUUUGUGUAACAUGAACAUCUCCUUACAGUCACAGGUUAAAGCUACAGAACCGUCUGCUGGCAGACCGGUCCUCAGGGAGCAGGAGUGUGUGUGCGAAGGCGGUGUGUGCGAGCGUGACCGCCGCUGCAUGGGCCAGCACUGUUUCUCCUCCCUGAAGAUGAUUGAUGGGAUGGCCGUCCAACAGAAGGGCUGCCUGAGGGACAACGAGGAGGACAGAGCCACCUGUGCCACGCCGCCCUCGUCGGCCCGCGUCGUCAAGUGCUGCCAGGGCCAUCUGUGUAACAUGAACGUCACUGUGCAAGCUCCGGGGAAAGAGGGAAAGCCCCUGAUCAAAGAGGAGCAUCAGUGUGUGUGUGAGGGCAGCUCAUGUGUAACAGGGAGGCGCUGCAUGGGCCACCAGUGUUUCUCCUCCCUGACGGUCAGCGGCAGCUCCCAGGUGUACCAGAAAGGCUGCUUCAAGGUUUACGAGCAGAGCACGUUGACCUGCAAGACCCCACCUUCCAGAGAGCAGAUUGUGGAGUGCUGCCACGGGCAUCUGUGCAACAUGAACAGCACUGUGCAGCUUCCUGUCAAAGCUGAGGAGCUAUCAAACUACAGCGUGACCACACUGGCUUUAGUCAUCGUGGGACCCAUCAUCGUCCUCAUUAUUCUCUCUGCCGUCGCCAUUCUGGUGUUCAGACGCAUCCACACCAACCAAAUGGAGAGACUGACAUCACGAGAUGCAGAAUAUGGAACUAUUGACGGCCUGAUAGCGUCCAACGUGGGGGAGAGCACUCUGGCGGAUCUGCUGGAUCAUUCCUGCACUUCAGGGAGUGGUUCUGGACUCCCUUUCCUUGUUCAAAGAACCGUUGCACGACAAAUCACACUCAAUGAGUGUGUGGGUAAGGGCCGUUACGGUGAAGUGUGGAGGGGUCAGUGGCAGGGAGAGAGCGUUGCAGUCAAAAUCUUCUCCUCCAGAGACGAGAAGUCCUGGUUCAGAGAGACCGAGAUCUACAAUUCAGUGCUGCUGCGACACGAGAACAUCCUGGGCUUCAUAGCAUCAGACAUGACCUCAAGGAACUCCAGCACUCAGCUGUGGUUGAUCACACACUUCCAUGAGAUGGGCUCAUUGUACGACUAUCUCCAGCUCAGCACCCUCGAUGCGUCCGGCUGCCUCCGCAUGGCGCUUUCCAUCGCGAGCGGGGUGGCACAUCUCCAUGUCGAGAUCUUUGGCACUCAGGGCAAACCGGCCAUCGCCCACCGUGACCUGAAGAGCAAAAACAUACUGGUUAAAAAGAACGGACAGUGCUGCAUUGCUGACCUUGGUCUGGCGGUCAUGCAUUUCCAAGACACCAACGAGUUAGAUGUGGGGAACAAUCCUAAAGUGGGCACAAAGCGCUACAUGGCCCCAGAAGUGCUCGACGACUCCAUCCAGAUGGACUGUUUCGAGUCCUUCAAGAGAGUGGACAUUUGGGCUCUGGGCCUCGUCCUGUGGGAGAUCGCCCGGAGGACGGUCAGCAACGGCAUUGUAGAAGACUACAAGCCACCCUUUCAUGACGUGGUCCCGACUGAUCCCAGCUUUGAGGACAUGAAGAAGGUUGUGUGUGUUGAUCAGCAGAGGCCGAACAUACCCAACAGAUGGUUUUCAGACCCAACUUUAACCUCCAUGGCUAAGCUCAUGAAGGAGUGCUGGUACCAGAAUCCAUCGGCCAGAUUAACUGCGUUACGCAUCAAAAAGACUCUCACAAAGAUCGACAACUCUCUGGACAAAAUCAAAACAGACAUUUGAGGCUGGCCUGGAGAAGAAGAGACACGCUAGGAAAGGCCUUGGAAGACAAUCCCCGAGGGUCGAGCAUCGUGAAGAGAAAAUCACAAGACAAGAGACUUGAUGGUUUCAGUGCCCUUAUAGUGGCACAGACCUAAUAUUUAUUUAAAAAAACACUUGGCGGGACACAUUUUGGCAUCCAAAGAUGGCUUACCGGACAUUUCUGAGACGGCCAACGGUCUUAGACAUUGAAAAAUAUCUAUUCAAUUAAUGACAUCGGAGAUGGAUUGUUAGCAUUGUUCUUCAAGGAAGAAGCUGUUACCUGAGCAUUUGAGUAGGCUGUGCUUUUGUUAGAACUGCAGAAUCUGUUAGACACAUUUAUCAGUUUUGAAAAUGUCUGAACAUGACAACAUAUUCACUUGGAUCUUUUUCAUUGUUCUGCCUUGUUCACUUGCAUUACGGUGAAUUCAUUUGGGAAAAAAAGAAGUCAACUUGCCAAUCCAACCUGCAUACUUUCUUUAAACAGUGAUCUCAGCAAGCAGUGGUACGUUUCCUUUGUAAUGUCAUGCACCUUUGUUUACAGUUCUGUAAGGUUUCUUGGGAUUUCACCCAAACUGUAACAUUUAGUUGUGCAGCCGGCGUCAUUUCUUUUCCUGAGAUAUCGUCCAACUUUAAAGGUGUCGCGAAAAUGUUUUGUAUAUCACUAUGGACCUUACGUUAAAUGAUCUUCCUGUUCUUUGUUUCGUUUCUUCAGCUUUACAGAGGGCAAAUGCUCAAAAGAACAAAUGAAAUAUCUUGCUAGAUGAUGCUGAACUCUGUUCCUCCAGAGGCCUGUAAGUAAGCCUGUAAAGCCUGUAUACUGUCUUAACACGUGCAUUGUCAAGUAAAUGAAGUCAAACUUCAGCCUUUUUUUUUAUUUCAUUAACAUUUUAUAUCAAUUAGUGAUUUAUAUUAAUUAAAUAGAAAAGAUGUGUUAUA